AAUCCGCUGGUACUUUCCCACACCUUACAGGAGCUGCUGAGCAAGGACACGGUGCAGGUGGAGCUGAUCCCAGAGAAAAAGGGCCUCUUUCUCAAGCAUGUGGAGUAUGAAGUUUCCAGCAAGGUAAUGCUGUGUCUCGCUGGUGAGCGGAGGGAUCCGUGAGAGCUGUUUUCACAAAUCCUUUUGGUAGGGCCGGCACCUGAUCGCAGAUCCCUCAGGUGAUCAGCUGUGUGAGUUUUAGUCAUCAGCCGGAUAACUGCAUCUGAGGAAAAGACACACCGUAGCAGUAGAGCAGGGGCGCAGACUCCAGACAGGCCUGUUUCCAUCCUGUUUUCCCACACCUCCUUUUCCCACCUUCUCCAACCACUGCUUGUCUUCUGGUUUCCUGUUUUUUGUGUCUUUUGCUUUCCUGUUUUUCUCCGUUCUAAAAAUAAUAUAAUGAAAAAGAAAUGCUUCCCGAAGGCCUAGUUUCUGGCUAGUGCUCUUAAGCUAAACCAUCCUGGUGAUUUUGGUAGUUUGGGCCUUUCCACCACUGGAAUGCUGUCUCUGAGAGCAUCUCUGAAAUUCGGCCCUUGGGCUGCAAAGGAGGAAGAGCAAAGCAUCCUUCAUUUGCUGCAUGCAGGUGGAAAGCCCCUUCUAAUAUGCUGCCACCCGCAUCAUUUUGCUUCCACAGCCUAAAAACAAAAGACGUAUGUCUUAUUUUUCCUUUGGAGGAUUGUGGGCAAAUAGGUUAAUUUGGAUUCCUAGCUCUGAGGCAGGAAUCGGAACUCUGAUCUCUGGGCCAGGAAUUCGUACUCUGAUCCCACAUCCUCCACUGCAGACAGCAAGGAGAGAACAACGCUGGCUGGCUGGCUGGCUGAGGUCAUGAAAAUGACUCUGAAGAGGGGGUAAAGGUGGUAGGGAGGGGAGGACGCAAGAGCAGCCAGGAUUGGAAGCAUUCUGACAGUGCUCCAGCUCCUUCCCCUGCAUGUCUCCUCUGCAGUCUGGCAGCCAACCUAGUUAAAACGCAGAGUGGGACAUGCAGGGAGGCAAAGAUCACCUCCGUUCCUUUGCCGCCUCUGCUCAGGAUGCCCAUAAGCCUCUGAGUUCAGGGGCUUGGGAGUAUCAAGGGUGCAAUCCAUAGGAUUGUUUCCUUAAUCACUUAAUUUCCUUGUGUGUGUGUGUAAGUGUGUGAGAGAGAGGAAGGGGGAGGGAGAAGUGGAGAACAACCAGGACUUAAAAAUAAAUGGAUCUUUAAAGUUCAUUUUGGAUUUUUAGAACCUAAAUGGUUUUUAACCAUAUAUGUUUUCAAUUGCAAAUACCAUGCUCCUCUGGAAAAAUUACUAAGAAAUAUUAAAUAAUCUAGAUAUCGGCCUCUUAGCCUUAGAGUUAAUCUCUAAAUGCCCAUCAGUGCAUCUACCAGAUAUAUUAAGUUAAAGGAAGUCUUUUGUGUAAAUAAAGGACCAUUCUGAUGAAUUUUUGAAUAUGAGCAUUUAUAUCCUGCCUGCCAAAGAACAAGCUUGGAAGCAUCAUGUGAUGAAAACAAUUUGCUUCGUGUCCAGUAAGUAUCAGACCUUCCUUCUACCAGUCAGCCACAGGCAUCUAAUUUUUAUUUUUAUUUUUUUUGCUGCUUUUUUUAAUGCAAGGAGCUGCUCCAAGGCAGAGUGAGGCAGAAACAAGGAAAAUACCAAAUUGUGUGUGGUGUGUAGUUUUCUGUCCAUUCCUAAUCUCACAAACUGUCAUGAGUGCUGCUCUUAAGAAAAACCCUGAGUGAGAAUAUUCUGAGGAACAUGGCCUGGUUCGCAUGGCACAGCACCUCAGAUUUUUAGACAUGAUGAGAUAUUGUGAGAGGGGCAGUGUGUUAGUGCAGGAGGCAAGAGCAGCUAAAAACUCUGUCCCUGGGUUGUCGGGCAUGAUGUGUGAACAAGGAACUCUGGGCUCAUUUCUCCCCUGACAAGCCAGAUUUGGAAGUGUUUUGGAGGUUUUUACUGCAGUCAGUCACCCAUCAGGAUAAACAGGCCAUUUUGCACUUUGAAAAUCAGUGUGCCAUUCAGGCAGGGGCAACUGGCUGCAGUAAAUCUUUCAGAAUAUGACUCUGUGCACAUUUCUGUGUGAUCCCUACUAUUGGUGUCUCGGAUUUGCAACCCUGCCCUCAGCAGCUUGCUACUCUGCCAGACAAACAGGACUCUCUCUCUGCAUAUCUUAAUAUCUCUCCCCAGUGUAAAAACAUUUCUCAGAUCUCAAAUGAAUUUUAGCAGAUAUAAUCAAGUUGUCUGAGCACGGCAUUCUUCCCUAGUGUGGUGUAUAAGCCAACCUGGAUUGGCUUACAAGCCACCCCAAAUAGCCAUGGCUUGUGGUAGGGUUUAAUAAAUCUACCUUACUGUUUUGCCUGAACCCAGGCGACAGUGUAAACCACAGUCAAGCCUAAAAUCCAGAGAACCCCUUGGGCAAGGGUGGCAGGUAAGCUUGCUGUCAAAAUGCCCAAGCAGCUGGGAACGAUUCACCUGCCCCAUCACAGUGGGGGCGCAUUUCAAAACCAGAAAUGCUUGUGCAGGGAGGCAGGCUUGUCCUCUUAAAUUCCAAGUCUUUGCCUUCCCCUGGUUCCCCCAGGGUUCCCCCAGGUUUGGCUGCUUCCUGAGGCAUGUGCUUGGGGUAUCUUGCAAAGCCAAGCAGACUGCCUGGGCUCCCUACUUUCCCCUGAAAACUCCGGGGGAGUAUUAAGGGCGUGUUCCCCAAAACACUUUUUUUUUACAAGUUCUUGGGUGGAUGUUUUUUUUGUUUUUCUGGUAACACAGAGGCACUUAAACAUGGAGCUGCUGGCUUGCCACACAGAAGAGGCAUCUCAGAGUUCCUUCAGCAUUCCUGGGGAGACCUUAUGAGGGUGAGGUUGGGGAAGAGCAGGGACAGUCUGCCACAGCGCAUCGUUGAAAUUCCCAAGAGUUGUGUGACCCCAGCCAGUUCUUUACUUCCAUGUGAGAGUUCGGUUAUCCUCUGACUCACCCUGUGUUCAGGGUGGCUUACAAGAGGCAGAACAAUCGAAUCAUCUUGUAUCUUGGACCGGCUUGUUAAGAGCACACUUUUCAAAACGGGAGAUUAGGUUUAAUUUAUGAAAUUGCAGGCUGACCUGAACCACUUGGAACGACUGGCGAGCUUGUCGGACUGCCCUCCCCGGCUGUUUGAAAAGUACUGUUGCCAAGGCAGAUCACAAGUUAAUAUUAACCUUAAUCGGGAGCAGCAGAAUGAGGCAAGGCCUGCAGAUUGAGGAAAGGGGCUGCCGUGUUAUCUCUGGAGUGGCUCUAAAGCGUGUGAUCCAUUGGACUGAUGACAAAGUUGAUCUUUUCUGGGGCCUGCAAGCAUAAAAGUCCUGCUUUCUACCAAGGGCUGCUGCUGUUGGCAGAAGCACAGCGCUUCAGGUGCUCUGUGUACAGGCGGUACAAUGACUUUGUGGUCUUCCACGAGAUGCUCCUUCAGAAGUUCCCGUACCGGAUGGUCCCUGCCCUUCCCCCUAAAAGAAUGCUAGGCGCUGACCGAGAGUUCAUUGAAACAAGGCGGCGUGCGCUGAAGCGUUUUGCCAACCUGGUGGCCCGGCACCCUCCAUUCUCAGAAGAUGUGCUUUUGAAGCUUUUCCUCUCCUUCAGUGGGUCGGAUGUGCAGAACAAGCUGAGGGAGCUGGUCCAAGGUGUGGGAGAUGAAUUCAUGACGUGUAAAUUAGCAACUCAGGCCAAGGAUUUCCUGCCAGCUGACAUCCAGGGACAGUUUGCUGCCAGCAGGGAGCUGAUCCGAAACAUCUACAACAGCUUUUACAAACUGCGGGACCGAGCUGAGAGGAUAGCCUCCCGAGCAGUUGACAACGCCUCCGACCUCCUUCUGUUUGGCAAGGAACUCAGCGCGUUGGGCUCCGACACGACCCCACUCCCUUCCUGGGCGGCCUUGAACAACAGCACGUGGGGCAGCCUGAAGCAGGCCCUGAAGGGCCUCUCCGUGGAAUUUGCACUGCUGGCGGACAAGGCCGUGCAGCAGGGUAAACAGGAAGAGAGUGAUGUGGUGGAGAAGCUGAACCUCUUCCUGGACUUGCUCCAGUCCUAUAAAGACCUGUGCGAACGGCACGAGAAGGGGGUCCUGCACAAGCACCAGCGAGCCCUGCAGAAGUACAGCCUGAUGAAGAGGCAGAUGAUGAGUGCCUCCGUGCAGAACAGGGAGCCCGAGUCCGUGGAGCAGCUGGAAUCCCGCAUCGUCGAGCAAGAGAAUGCGAUUCUGACCAUGGAGCUGCGCAAUUACUUCUCCCUGUACUGUCUGCACCAAGAGACUCAGCUGAUCCACAUUUACCUUCCUCUCACCUCUCACAUCCUGGGGGCUUUCGUCAACUCUCAGAUCCAAGGCCACAAGGAGAUGAGCAAAGUCUGGAAUGAGUUGAAGCCCAAGCUGAGCUGCCUCUUCACGGGAUCCGGCACACUGCCCCUUGUGUCAUCGCCAGCCCAGGGGGACUGCCUCUUUUCCAGUUAAUGCUCCGGGACUCUGUGGGAUGGCAGGAAGGCCAGCGAGCGCCUUGCAUAUACGAGAGGUUGGAAGUAUCCUCCCAGCACCCUGAUUGGUGUUCUCAUUCUCUCCCCCUCUUCCCCCGCCUCUUUCUCCUGCUUUGGGCUGCACCAUGAUUUAUGGGCUGCUUGGGAAUGCGACGGUGCAAAGAGGAAGGAGAGAACAUCUCUCACCUUUCGAAUUAUUUUGGUUUGCAUUUCAAAGUGCCAUGGAGUGUGGAACGAAUUUCUUUAUCCCAAGAGCUUUUUGCAGUGCUCCACCUGAAUGAAUAUUAGGUCUCUUGCCAAUAGCCCUAUCCUCUCCGAUUAACCUUUCCCAAACAUACCAUUUCUCCUUGGCUUGGCAGGCAGCUCUCUCCCCUGUCCACUGCACUGACAAAAUGCGUCUUUUUUAAAGUGAGGGACCACAGCUUAAUGGGGAGAGUCAGCACCUUAUCGGCAGGUCUUGGGUUCAGUCCCAGCAUCCCCAUUAAAUGGCACCGGCAAUGGACCAUGGGCAGGGCCUCCCUCUCUGCAACCCCCACAAGCCACUGCCACCCACAACGGGCAGUCCUGGACUAGAGGGAUGAAGAGGCCAGCCUGGAAUCAGCCACCUCUUCCUGUGUUUUGCAUUAAACAGCCCCAUUCUUGCAUCUGGUAGUGUGCCAAGGCAGCCUUCCCACACCUGGCGCCCUCCAGGUGUGCUAGAGAAGGCCCACCCUCCCUGGCUGGAGUGGCCCUUGGGGUCUUGGGCCAGUUCAGGCUACCUGCGAUGAGGAGGGAGCGGCCCCUGUGACAGACGCCUGGGACACCCAGAAGCCCCUGCUGGCGUGGCUGAUCGUCCAAAAUGCCGCGAGUGGAAGCCCAACCCCCCGCAGAUCCGUUUCCAGCCCACCCACCUUUUGACACGUCAGCAGGCUGCGUCAUGGGCGAGGCUUGGAGCCUCCGGUGCCCUCCUUUUCUUACCUGGCCUACCAGCCACACGGGGGUCUGAACAGGUGGCUGCUUGAGCCGACUGUUUCUGCAUACAGCGCUUGUGUGUCGACAAGCCUUUUGCACACAUUUCUGCUUCUGUCAGUACACUUGUGCCAGGGAACACACCUGAGGGGGCCGUGGGUGGCCGCAGCCUUUUGGAAAGCCAAACAUAUCAGUUGCACACUGGUAAACUCCCACCUGCCUGAGGGUUAGAAAUAUUGUUGUUCCAGAGAAAAUACAGGGUGCAGAAAAAGUAUGGCGGACAGACAGACUUUUUAAGGACUAAUGCAAAUCUGCAGAGAAUUGAACUUUCUGCAGGCAGAUGAUAGGCAAGACUCUAAAGCUGGCAAUGGCUGGGUGGUGAGGUCAUUUAAUGGUCAAUCAGAAAGUCUCCCCAGCUGCUGACUCUUCCACGUGGAUGCCUGAACUUAGUGCACUGAAGUGCCACUAUACAACUGCAGAACUUUUUAAAGGCAUAAAAUGAAAAUUUUCUUUCCUGAAAAAUCUCAGUGUACAGCUGGUCCAACUUUGUCCAUUUCAAAUAGAGCUAAGUUGCAUAGAAAAAGAUUUGAAAAUGAUAUUUAUAAUAUUCGUAAGUGAUUUACUUUAUCUAUUUCAGUGUUUGCUGUUUAACUCAUCUUGGACUUUAUAGUCCUAUCUGGAUAUGCUGUAGAUGUAUGGGUUUUUUUCAUAUUUUCUGCAUUACUUUGAGAGAUCUUUUCUGUAUUUUUAUUUUUACUGGUGUGCAACUGAUACUAUUUUGCCAGUUUGGCUAUGUCAUCCUCUGGUCCAGAAAACCUGUCUUUCUUUUUUGCUCAAGAGCAUGAUACAGGGAUCACUUUGAAAGAUUACAGGCACCAAACAUUUGUGAAGUGUUUGCUCAAUUCUUGCCUCCACUGUCACAAGACGUAUGUGUGUGAGAACACAAAGAUUGUUCAUGUUGACAAAUACAACAGUAGGGAGCUGCAUCCUUUUUGAGAAGCCCUGAUGUGGGAAGGAACAAAAGCCCUUUCUUUGACUUUGGAGGUGUGCAUGUAAGCACAGGGAUGUGUCUCUCUUCCCAGCCUUCCUUUCACUUCAUCUAAUGUAGCUUGUUAUACUUCCAAGUUUGGGUGAAGACAGAUCAAACACCCACACUCAAAGUGGUCGCUUCAUUCCAGCUCCGAGAAAAUUGUCCAAGUUUGCAGCAGAACCGGGGCUUCAGUUUACACUAGGAUACCUCUGUGAGUCCCCCCAGAAUAUAUUAUUCUUUCUUUGCUUUUGUAAAGGUGAAGGAUACAUUUAUAGCCAGGUUAAUGUGAGCUUGCUACUUUAAAAAAUACAAAAAACACAAGGUGGUUCACCUGUACAAUACAGGUGAUUAUGGAGAAGUCCAUUGGAAGAAAUGUUCAAAGUGUUGGCCUGCGUUUCUGUCUUGCAGCUUACAAAGCUGAGCUCACACUACAAAGAAGGAAUCCUUGGGGACAUCUGUCUUCACCCAUGUGCUUUCCUGAGGGGUAUUUUAUUACCAACCCUCACACCCCAAAGGGAAAGCAAACCUAGUUCCUUCUUAAUAUACUGUGGGUGCAAUUCUGUGCCCAUUUAAAUUGAGAAAGGAGGCCAACAACUCCAGUGCUUGGAGUUGAAAGCGUUUUUUCUGUCCAAACAAGUGCGAGGUUGUGCUUUUUGUGAUGUUUCUUGGGAUCCUAUUUUAAAACAAAGGCAAAUAUAACUUGUAUUCCUUUUACCCAUGUACCAGUCUUCCUGCUAAUGCUAUGGUAUGAAGUGUGUGUUUUUAAAGCUCACCUCUGUGUCCCUUCUGAAUGGACUGCCAAGAUAAUUUCCCACCAACUCUUCCUUGCCUGGCUUUCAUUCUUUUCGAGGCAGCUUUUUUCUUCUCUCAUGGAAGCUGCAUACAGACAUUCCAGCUCUGUCCCAGCUGCAGGGGAGAAACUCAGACCAGGGCAAGGACCACACCAGAUUCCAGCUCUGGCUUGGGGGACUCGCCUCUUUAAGGCAAAAUGGAUCGCUCUGCCGGGCCUUGGGGGCUCUCUCCUCCUCGUAUGUUCCUGAAGGGAUGUUGGGAGCGAAGACAAAGCCGGCUGCAACCAGCCCAGAUGCUCAUGCUGUGCAUGUUUCUUCUUGUUUGUAGCAGAAAAACUGACCUGCCUUUUUGAUAUGUUAAUACAGAAUAUUUUUGAAAACUUUUAUUAUACAGAUUAAAAGUAUCACUCUGUUUAAUUAGCAUUUCAGUUAGCAGAGCAGUUAGAUGUGCUAGCUGUUCCAAGCCCAGGAGAGGCUGGGCCCUUCUCUGCCCCACCGACAUGUGGUUGCUUGGCCAAAUUGGCUUGCUGCAAAAGGGCUGGGCACUUACUUUUGGCAUGCCAGGGGCACAGUUCAGGUGGCACCCCAGCAGAGGUGGCCUGGCACGUUUACUUAGUGGAGGCUUGCCACUGCCGGAAGGGCUCUCCAUCCACGGAUACGGACCACCAAAGCUCACUGUGUUCCAAUGCGCACGCACACUGCCAGCUACUAGCGAGCCCUUCUGCUGCUCAAGGUCCAUGGAAAGCGUGGGUGUUGCCUCUGCGUUCAUCAUUCCCACUGGGCAGCAGAGCCAAAAGCCUGGCGGCUGGUUCUCCCAGAGCUCGCGUGUCAGAGCGUCUACCAUAAUCUGCUGCUGUGUGCCAAGCUUUUUGCAAAAGUGGCUCCUCGGUGCAGAACUGCGGAAGUCUAGAAGAAAGAGCUCGAUGGCUUCUGCAUGCCACCAAGUGAGAGUCAAGUGCUCCACUUCCAAAGGACGGAACUGCCAGACGUGUCCUGCAUGGUCUGCAAACCGAAAGGAAAGCACCCACAGCCAGCUUCUGACAUGUCCUCCUUUGCACAACUCCUUGUCGGCCUUGCUCCCACACGAGUGCGUGCAGCACUGGACUGCAGGGUUCUGAUCGUCGACAUGUUUACUCUGAGGUAAACCCGCCAGGACCAGUGGGGUUUACUCCAUGUGCAGAAAGUCAUGCGGCAUGUAUACAAAUGGGAAAACACUCCUCAGUACGUUUAGGAUCGGGAUCUAAGUCUCUCCAUGUUUCCUUUCCACUUAGCCUACUCACAAAAGGCAAAAUUACUACCGGGAGAGCAGCUUCUGACAAGUUUAUAUGUCUUCUGAGCAAACCGUAGCCAUAGUGGAUCAGUUAAUAUCCACGAGAAGAGCUGUGCAAGCUAGAAGUACCUUAAAAGGGAAAUCAAUCACAUGACAACUGGCAAACUCUCAAAUGUUUAACUUCCUCUUUGGCUUUACGAAAAUGUAUUUGUUAAACCUCCAGCUCAAGAGGGGUGUAUUUCCUUUGGGAUUUUGCAGACUUUAUACCUCCUGCCCAUUGGCAAAAAUAGUGUUUGGUUUUUUUUUAAAAAAAAAUGAAGCACUUUAUCAAACUGCCGGAAUUAGAAGAUGCCUUUCUGCAGCUGGUAGAUUUAAUGUUUACAGAUUAUGACUUUCAAAAAAAAAAAAAAAAGAGAAGUAAAUAUGAAAUGUCACAAAACAAUGUAUUUGUAAGAGACCUGUACAAUGCAUUAAAAAGGUAAACUUUA